UCAUGUGACUGAUUUACUGAGAAAGCAAGCAGAAUAGCUGGUGAAGGUAUUAGACUGGUCGAAAUUUAGUCAAGAAACUUAACGACAAUUUCAGACAGUUUUCGACUAAAAUUUCUCAUCCUUCGAAUCUCGUCUUUCUUUCAACUAAGCUUGUCUAGCUUAAAUAAAAUUCGACCAACAUCAUUAAAACUCUACCAGAACUAUCAAUGAGAGGCCUUUCGAAAACAAGACAGUCUCGUCGAGGAAUUAAUUCACCGGGUCGAUUUUAUUUUUAAAUCUGAUCGACCAACUCCAAACUCCAAACUGGUCGAGCGGAGUUUUUCUCGACCAAAAAUUAACUGGCUCGUGAGGGUUAUUACAAUGACGGUACUCACAACUGUGAAAACUGUGAAAAGAAAUCUUACCACUUGACCUUUACCACUAGGUCAAAACCAGUUGGUUUCUAUUAUUUCUCUAUUCGUAGUAGAUAUAAAUCUUACAUUUUUCUAAUAUUUGGACAGUAUAAACUGUGAAAAGAAAGGUUAUCAUUCAUAAAUUAUUUUGUAAAUUAGAAAAUAAUUUUUGUAGAUCAAAUUUAUUGUUACUUAGAUAGAGAUUUAUAAUUUUGAAUAUUUGUAAAUAAAUAUUACUUUAAUUUUAAAUAAUUUUAUAAACUCUUAAUUCUUAAAUAACAUAAAUGCUCUUUAAAUGUUACAUUAAAUAGUAAUAAGAUUUGAUAGUUUAUAAUUUAUUUAUUUAUAUAAAUAAUUUAAUUAAUAAAAUACUUAGCUUAUGUAAAUAUAUAUAUAUAUAUAUAUAUAUUACACUCUAAUCAAUAAUAAUUUAUUUUGAAAUAUCAACAGCUAAAAACUUUAUACUACAUUGAUUUAGCUACAGAAAAAUCUCUACAAUAAAAUCUAUAACAAUAAAUAUUAUCUACUAAAAUAAAGUCAUCAUUUAUCAUGUGAGUUUUUUUUAUGUGGAUCAUCUCUUAAGAGUUUACAUAAUGUAUUUUUGUAUUUACCUAAUAAUAUCCUAACAAUAAAUUUUUAUUUCACACAAAUCUAAUACCCUUAUUUAUUCUCAGAAAUUGUAUCAACUGAUUUUUAGUCCAUUUCAUGUAUUUAUGUCACUAUAUUACAUUGGUCUUUUAUUUUAAAAUGUAUCGCUAUAAUCAGUUCGUGUGAAUUCAUUUCUAAGAAGAUAAAUUAACCAAAAGCAAUUAAUAUCAAGUAUUUAACAAUCAUUCAACUUAUAAUUUUGUAUAUUUUAAUUAUUUAAAAAACCCAACCAUGUAUUCAAAUAGUUUUGCCAGAAGGUUUGGAGGCAAAUCGCAACUAAUUUCCUAAUAUGAAUAUAACUGUUGAAUAGUUUUAUCAAGGUUUUUUAAUGAGCCUAAAACAUUAUUCCUGAAUGGUCAAAUAGAAGCAAGAAUAUUUUGAAUUAUACGGGGGUAUUCUGGUACUACAAAAAUAGUCCAGACUAGUAAUAUGUUGCUACGUGUCGGUGCGCUGUCCAUGAUGAUGUCGAAAUGUUAAUUCUCCAGUGACCGGGACUCGAACCAUGGUGGAUUCACUGUAAUGGGCUUUUGUCCUCAUGUUAAUCACCACCAGACCAUAAACUCUAGUUCAAAAACUGUUGUGGGUAAACUUUUUAUAUUGACUAACCCCACCUCGAAAAGUCCCAUAUCGAGGAUAUCCCGAAAUAUUUAUUUGGAGAAAUAUAGUACCGCACCGACAGAGUAUCUAACAUGCGACCUUUGACAAUUGUCUGUGAUAGUCUCAAAGAACCACUAAGCCACCUUGAUAUCUCUAACUAGAGUCGAUAUAUAAAUAUAUAACUUAUAUGAAGAAUAAAUUUCCUUUAUUGUUCAAAACUAAGCUACAAAAUAUUAAUCUAUCUCAAUCCAAAUGCGAAUACACAUAGUAAUAUCACAUUCUGCAAAAUUUUGUUUAAAAGUAUAUAUGACACUAGAAUUAUUUUAGCUAAAAUGCAUGUUACCUUGUAAAAAACGUAUAGAUGUUUACACCAAAAAAAACGUAUAGACGUGGGUUCAUGAGUUUAUGAGUUUGCAGUAAAACCCCAUAAGUUUCCAUCGAUAAUGCAUUUAUGGUUUUGUAUCAGUUGAUUGGCAAAAAAACUUUUGGAUUUACAUCGAUACUAAAUCAUAAAAAGAGAAAAUGUGGGCUGACUUUCAUGCAGUUUAAGAAGCUUGAUUUUCUCCGAACGUUACAUAGAGAAAAAACUAUUAAAAUCAUUCACUAAUAUCACUAUUAAUACGAAUAAUUGACCAAUUAAUUUCGAUUUAAGUGUCAUGAUUUCUCAUAAGUUAUUCUCGUGAUGAUCAGAUUUAGCGUAUUAUUAAUAAGUCCCCAAGUUAAAAAGCAUUGUAAAUUGAAAUUUGUAACGUGUGUACUUCCCAUUCAGUUUCCAAUGCAUACCAUUCCUUGUUGAUUAGUUAUUUAUACGAUAUUAUAAUAGAAUUGUUUAUUUCCCUCGAUAGCAUUUAUUGAGCACUCUGAUGAGUGAACUAAAUUUCACAACUGAGAUGUCGAUGGUUGGAUGUUGAUAUCGUUACAUGAUUUUUUUGGAACAUCAAAACAUAAGCAUGACAAAGUCAAAUGAUAUGAUGAACAUUUUUGUAAUAAUUUAUGUUUUGUAUCUUAAAUUCUUAACAAAUCAUUGUUGAUAUAUUCUUAGCAUAUUCCAUAUCAAAUAUUAACAAUAAAUACAUAUUAAAUAUAUAUCUCAAGUUUUGAAAACCUUGUCCAGUAUAUGAGAAAUUACUGCAUAUAAUUUUUAGAAUUUGAAAUGAUUAUUGAAUAUCUACUAAUUAUUUUCUUUUUAGAAUAAUUUGAGAUAUAGUCCUACAUCCAUUUCGAAAAAGUGUCAUUUUGACCUUUUUCACAUAGAUUAAAAAAUAAUUGAAAUACAUUUUAAUUUUUAUUAAUCACAUCUAUUCAACAAAUAGUAUUUGAGAUAAAUAAAAUUAUUUAUAAAAUUAAUAUUAAGCUGAAAGUUACAUUGAAAUUCUAAAAUGAAAUUUUUGUGUAACAAAAAAAAAUGUUAGAAUGACACUUCUUAAAAAAUAGAGGAAGUAUAUAUUAAUAUUCAGGUUUUAAUUUUUAAUACUUUAAGAUACUUAAGAAGUAGCUUAAGAUUAAGAUUAUUUUUAAUUUUAAUUUUUUUGUUGGUAUGACUGUGGUCAAAUAAUAUGUGAAAUCUGAAAAUGUGCAACAAUAAUUUUUUAAGGUUCGAUUCUCCUUGAAACAAAGUCAUAGUUAUAUGGAAAUUUUAGACUGAAAACUUGGAUAGGAAAAAAACUAGUGUAUGAUCAACGGUCGCAAGUAGCAGUCACCUGAGUGAGUAGACAACAUAUAUAAAUUGGCAAACAAACAAACGUAAUUUAAAGAACAUAGAAGAUGUUGUUAAAAAAAGAGAAUAUUUUAUUGUAUCUUUUUCUUUUCUUUAAUUUUUUUUUUGUAAUGCAAACAAAAUUGAGGUAGUUAUCCUUAUGUUAUUAGUUUUCUUCUUCUUCUCCAAGACAGAGAAAGAAAAAAAAAAGAAAAAUCUAAGGAAGGUCAGUAUGAAUGUAUGAUGUACGUUACUUUAUUAAAAGCAAAGAUCAAUUACGAUCACGGACAAAAGUGAGUGAAUAUAUAUAAGUAUUAAAGAGGGAGAUAGCGAGGGAGAGCGUUUGUGGAAAACGUACGGAACAGAGAGACAAGUGUUUGGGGGGGUCAAACAGAAACUUCUGUUGGAUUUGGUUUUGAACUAAUACCCACGAGACAAAUUCCCGCUUCUAUCUCCUUUGAAUCUACCAUUCCUUCUUCUUCAACCCUAAGAACAGAGAGAGACACAGAGAAGGACUGUUCAUGUGAGACUGAUUGUUAUAAAAUGGAUACUCCCCCCAAAAACGUAAGUCAGACCGAGAAUCCGGUUUCUAAACUGAAACUCGAGGUUUACCUCCUUUUCGUUCAUCCUCUGUUCCUGUAAUCGUUUUCUUGUUUAUUUGAGGAAAGUGUGUGUGUGUUUUUAUGGAAUCUGUACAAUACCCAUCUUGCAAUCAGUUUAAUUAUACUCAAAUGAUUCAGUUUAACUUAGUUUUGAUUCCCACUCAAUGUGAAAUAUUUCAACUUUCCUGUUUGGUGUUGUGUCUUUAUGGAAUACCAGAGGUUCACGCUUUAUCGGAUGGUCUAUUUUAUUCUCUGACCAUUUCUUGUAAUUGAGUUGAUUUUUUUUUUGUGUGUGUGUGGGGAUGCAGAACUCGCCAGUGUUCAACUACAUAAACAGUCUGUCUCCAAUCAAACCUGUCCGAUCAUUACCAAUCGCUCAAACCUUUGGCUCUCUAAGUUACUCAUCCCCUCCUUCUGUCUUCACUUCCCCUCACGUUUCCUCUCACAAAGGAUCUCGUUUCAAAAGUGAUCAUAACCAUGUGCCUGCUUCCGUUGGAGACGAAGAAGCUUUACAUGAAACUGAACCGCCACAAAUCCUACAAAACGAGUGCACUACGGAUCUGCUGAAGAUGUGUGACGGCAAUGUUAAGCAGAAAAGUGAAACUCCGGAUUGGGAUGCUAUGAUUUCGGAUUCUUCUGAUAUUCUGAUUUUUGACUCAAUGUAUGAUUCGGAGGCUUCUAGAUGCUUCUUGGAGAGACCAUCAGACUCCAAAACGCGCUCACUGGGUGUUGCAAAGUCUACACUGGAGCCUGUUAUUAAUAGCAAUGAUGCUCUUCGCCGUGGAGUGAGAAGACGAUGUCUUGACUUUGAUCAAACUUCGGUCGCAUCUUCAUCUAGAUGUGUAGUACCUAGCAUUGGUCUGCAUUUUAACGCCAUUGCAUUGUCCUCUAAGGACAACAAUUCUGGUAACGAGUACCCACUAUCCGGAAAUACAGAACUGGGUUUGCAAGGUUCUAUCACUCCGGUUCUUAACUCGCAAGACAACGUGAGAGAAAAUGAAACUAGAGAAGAUGCAGGACAAGGUGUAGAAGAAUGUCCAAAGUCUUUAGCUCUAGUAGAACUGAAUCAGAGCAGCCCCAAGAAGAAAAGGCAAGUUUCUCCUUUACAUAUAUUUUUGUGUAAGUCUUUAUCAAUAUUUCAUAACCAGAUGUUGGCAUUACAAUUCACCAGGCGCAAGUUUGGACAAGCCGGAGAAGGUGAGUCAUCAUGUAAACGGUGCAACUGCAAGAGAUCCAAAUGUUUAAAGCUUUAUUGUGAAUGCUUUGCUGCUGGAGUUUAUUGCAUAGGGCCAUGUUCAUGUGUAGAUUGCUUCAACAAACCUAUCCAUGAAGACAUUGUCAUGGCUACUCGCAAACAGAUUGAAUCCAGAAAUCCACUUGCAUUUGCUCCUAAAGUCAUCAGAAACUCUGAUUCCAUCAUGGAAGUUGGUGAUGAUGCAACAAGCAAGACUCCAGCUUCUGCACGACACAAACGUGGCUGCAACUGCAAGAAGUCAAACUGUCUGAAGAAAUAUUGUGAAUGCUAUCAGAGUGGAGUUGGUUGUUCCAUAAAUUGUAGAUGUGAAGGAUGUAAGAAUGCAUUUGGCAGAAAAGAUGUCUCUGCAGGGUCUUCAUUUACUAGCAUGGAUAAAGAAAAUGAAACAUCUAGCAGAGGCAGAACAGAGAAACAACCUUCAACACCAAUGCCGUUAAGACAACCAUUGGCUCAACUUCCCAUCUCAUCCAACAACAUGCUGCUUACUCAUCACCAUCUUCAUGGAGCUUCUGGAUCUUCCUUACACAUGAGCCAAUCGUUCAGACGACAAGACAUGAGUUUGAUGUCUCAUUCAAAGAUUGGGACAAUCACAGAGGAGAGGGCAGAGAAUAUUGAGAAUCUAAUCGAGUCUCCUAUGACAAACAUGAUCAAUGCGGUAUCUCCCAACAGCAAAAGGGUUUCUCUGCCCAUGGAGUUGAGUCCAUGGAGAAGAAAUGGUGGAAGGAAGCUGUUACUGUCAAUUCCUACUUUUCCUUCUCUCACUCCACACCAUUAAAAUAUUCUUUGAUUUUUUUUUGUCAGCCUUUAAUUCUUUGAUUUGAUGGUGUCAACUUCUAGUUGGUACAUACACAAACGUUUCUAGUAUUCUAGUAGUAGCAACAGUUACUUUUUUUUUCCAGUGGUUGUGUAAUAAGAAUGUUAAGACAUUAUAAUACAUCUUUUGGUUUAAUAA